UUUACAAGAUAAGGGCUUUCUCUAGAAUUCUCUACAAGCCUAGAAGAUUCCAAGGACUUUCCUAGCAAAUCCAUAAACAUCUAGGAUCUUCCAAAAGAAAUGUCCAUACUUCUCUAGAAUCUUCUCACAAAUGCAAGCAUUCCUCCUAUGUAAGCUUUCACAUGGCAUUAAUAUAUGCCAAAUGGCACUUAUGUGGCAUGAUGACAUGGCGAGUCAUCACACUGUGUAGUAUAUAUAAGCUCACUGAAUAGAGACUGUGUAGUAUACAUAAGCUCUCUGAAUAGCGUUGAAUGCACUGAGCUGUAAAAAAUUAUUACACUAUCAGAUGUAGUUAACUCUAUUUAAUAGCACUGAUUGGUAAUAAGGGCAACAAAACUUUUGUUAGGUGUUUCUGAUCUCAUUUCCUGUAUUGAAGCAAAGCCAAUUAUAAAGUUAGUAAGCUAAUAAAUAUGUCUAUUUUGUAAAUGAAGUUGCUUGCUACCUGUAAUGAGAAGUGAAAUUGAAGUCUGGAUAAACGAAAAUAAAUAUUCAUAAAUCUGUAGCCUUUGCCGAUUAUCUCAGUUACAUUUUGUAUUUGCUACCCCUGGGUAGGUGGUCAAGGACAUUGAGCAUGGCUGAAGCAUUAUGUGAGCUUCAAUUGGAGCUAAACUGUCCAUCAUCAGCUGUGUCGCUUUCUGCUGCUGAUAAUCUGAAUCAAUUGAAGGGUGUCACUGCCGAAUCUGAGCAUUUCAGUCCAAAAACACCAGCAGGAAAAGAAUCAAGGAAAAGAGCUGGAGUUUAUGGAUGUUGCAGAAAUUUAUUGGAGAGGCUUACAGAAGUCGAAGAAAUCGUGGAUGAAGGGAAAGCGGAUGUAAGUGUGAAACCUGCAUUUUCAGAUGGUAAAGAUGUUCUCGAAAUAACUGAUUCUUUUCAGGCUACAACUGAAGUUUGUGAAGUUAGUAUAAGUGCACCAUUCAAUCCUGAUCCUUCAGAAGAUAGAGAGCUGAGCUCUUUUAAUCAGAUUAGGAAUUUCCCUAGCCCGAAAGAAUUGGCAGGCCUUGAUGAGAGUUUUCUAGCAAAGCGUUGUGGUCUUGGGUAUAGAGCUGGGCGCAUUAUAAAGCUUGCUAAGGGCAUAGUUGAAGGCAGGAUUCAGCUGAAAGAACUUGAAGAAGCUUAUAGCAACCCAAGCUUGUCAAACUAUGAUAAAAUGGCUGAGCAGCUGAGAGAAUUAGAUGGAUUUGGCCCUUUUACUUGUGCUAAUGUACUGAUGUGCUUGGGUUAUUACCAUGUUAUUCCUACUGAUUCAGAAACAAUUAGGCAUCUAAAACAGGUUCAUGCAAGAACCUCUAGUAUUCAGAAAGUUCAAAAGGAUGUUGAAAACAUUUAUGCAAAGUAUGCACCGUUUCAGUUCUUGGCAUAUUGGUCAGAGGUAUGGCAUUUUUAUGAGGAAUGGUUUGGUAAGGUCAGUGAGAUGCCUCACUCUGACUAUAAACUUAUUACAGCCGCGAAUAUGAGACCGAAAAGAAGUGGCAAAUGCAAGAAGUUGAAGAUAACCCCGGCAGAAAAGCUUGGCGAGUAGGUUAUAAGGAAAUGUUGAGUCCUAAUUUAGAGUGCGCAUGAUUAAUGCUGAAUUUGCUUUUUAUUUGUUCAUGUAAUUUCCUUUCCCUUCUUUCGAAGGAAAACGUUGAAGCGAUUAAUGGUGAAUUUUGCUUCUUCAUUUUGUUCA